UAAUAUCAAUGACGCUUAUUGUCGACCGAAACAUUUCGAUUAGCAAACACUAUGUCUGUCGUAGAGCCAGCUAAAUGUACUUAAGGUUAGCGUCCAUACCAGGCGAGCUGCCUCUGACCGCCUCGCCCAGCUUUGCUUUCCGGUGUCCGGCUAGGAAAAGCUCAGAUGUGGGACGUGAUAGUUUCGGUCGGAGGAGACCGGAUGGCGAACACUGCUUUUACAGCUGCAGCUGAGAAACGUCAGGAGCCUUCUCUUGUGUUACAAUGGAGCCAUUGGGAAGUGCUACGAUAUGUUCGUCGAGCAACCACACCCUGAACUCAACAGGUGGCGGUUGCCCAUGGGAGGUCAGCGACAAGGCCAGACUGUGCCGCUUUCUCUGCUAUGGCUCGGAGGGAGACAUUUACACUGCCAGAGAGGAGGCUCAUGUCAGCAUGGAGAACGCCGGAGCCCUGCUUUCCCUGCUGCAGGAGGGUCGAGGUGCUGAGGUGGUGGAGGAGAUAAAAAGGUUCAGUCAGGAUGGGCGAGCUGUCGGACUUGGCCCCUCGUUUUUUGCCUUGGCUUUGUGCUCCCAGCACUCGGAGGUGAAAACCAGACAGGCGGCGUUCAAAGCUUUGAAGGAAGUUUGUCGGGACCCCGCCCACCUGUUUUCUUUCAUCCAGAACAAGAAGGAAUUGAAAGAGGGGAUGAAGUGUGGGAUUUGGGGACGUGCCCUGAGGAAAGCAGUGUCUGACUGGUACAAUGAGCAAGAUGCCAUGAGUCUGGCUGCGGCAGUGACCAAAUGUAAACAGAGAGAGGGAUGGUCACACCAGGAUCUGCUCAGGCUCUCUCACACCAAACCAGCUAAUGAAGCAAUUGCCUUGAUCAGCAAAUACGUGACAAAAGGUUGGAAAGAAGUCCAGGUUGCUUACUCAGACAAAGAGAACUCAGAAGAGGUUGUCAAAGUCCUUUUGUAUCUUGAAGUGGUGGAGAAGGUCAAGCACAGUUGUGAUGAAACAGAGGUCGUCACUUUAAUAGAAGAACACAAACUGGAGAGGGAACAACUGCUGACGGACCACCUUAAGUCCAAACAGGUAUGGAGAGCUUUGUUGAAGGAAAUGCCUCUCCAAUCAGUGCUGAGGAUCUUGGGUAAGAUGACGUCAAACAAAAUUCUUGAACCAGGAAGUUCAGAAACACAAGCUGUAUGUGACAGAAUCCAGAGCGAGACGGCACUAAAGAAGGCAAAGAUCCACCCUUUCAGCCUACUCUUGUCCUCUGAAAACUACAAAAGAGGCCAAGGCUAUCAGGGUAAAACAAAAUGGGAAGCAGACAGCAGCAUCCUCAAAGCAAUGGACUCUGCCUUUUACAAGAGUUUUAUGAAUGUGGAGCCUGUGGGUAAACGUUUCGUAGUGGCAGUAGACGUGAGCACAUCACUGAGCAGCAUUGUCCCAGGGACGUCAGUCAGCACCGCUGUUGCUGCUGCGGCUAUUACCAUGAUUUUUGCAAGGACAGAAGCAGACACGCAUGUGCUGGCUUACUCUGAAGGAGCUUUGGUUCCAUGCUCUGUCUCUGCUGACAUGACUCUUGCACAAGCAACAAUUGAACUGGUUAAGAUCCCAGGUGGGAACACAGACUUCACCCUUCCAAUCACGUGGGCCACAGAGAAUGGGAAAGUAGUAGAUGUGUUCAUCAUUCUGACCAACAACCCGUUGUGGACGUUUACUGCCAGCCCAGUGGAGUCUCUGAAGAAGCAUAGACAAAAAACAGGAGCCAAUUCCAAGUUGGUGAUUUGUGGGCUGACUUCCAUUGGACACGUCAUCGCAGACACAGAAGACAGGGGUUUACUGAGCAUCUGUGGCUUCGACCUUGGAGCUUUGAGCGUCAUUCGUAACCUCGCCCAGGAUCUGAUCUGAUAAAGUGUUGGGACUGCUGCUGGCCCAUGUGGUUAAGAGUACAAAAGGAAGGCACAAUGUGGACCAAUAUGGCUCACUUAGCAUGUAGAGUGCCCCGAAACAGCACUAAUCCAAAAGAUGUUGACAUUUACAAUUCCAAUUUCUCUUUUUGUAUGACGUCGCCUACUAGUCAGUUGACAAAGUGUCCAGCGGGCUGGACAACACUUGAAAUGUUAUGUGUAUAUAUUUUUUCUGAAGUGUGAAAAGGAGGUGAUAAGACACGAUAUGUUAUUGCAUAUCAUGCUUGUCAGUAGUUUAAGGGCAAACAGCGCUCUGUAUGACGGGCUGUGCUUUGAUGGUUUUUGGUGAGACACUAACCCAUUCAGCAAUAAAUUCCACUAAUUUAUAGAUGUUUGCUAAUUAAAUUAGAGGAACAAUGUAGGAGUCAGAGUCUUUGAGGCCUAGUGCAACUGUAGGUUUAUUUUAUAGGGAUUUACUAUAGUUUGUAGUAUGUAUCCAUGGUAUGAUUUUAGCAGGUUUGAUGUGAUGGUAGACGCAGUUUAAAUUUGAAAGCCUGUCUCUCUGUUUUAUGUAGCAUUAUUAUAAAUUAUUAACAGAUAUACUGUUAGAGAGAGGAAUUACAACAAAGCACCAAAAGUUCAAAAACUGCAAUGUAUUCUGAUGACUUUAAAUUCUUUGAUUUAGCCUAGUUACAAUUUUAGCUGUUGUAUUAAAAUUUUUCCCCUAAGCCAAUUUUAUUUUAAAACUGAGUUGUCUGUUUUGCUCUUGUCAAAGUUACUCUGUAAACAAAAAUACCCUUGGUGCUCUUAAAUGUGAUCCAUUUUGGGGGGAAUAUUUGGGGUUUCCUUUUUGAAACAAUAAUGCCAAUGUUUGGGACUGUAAGUCAGUUUACUGUAAAUUGGAGAAAUUGACUUUUAGUAUUUUAGUCUGAAUUCUAUGCAUUACUAUGCAUUAUGUAGGAAGGUUAAAUCAUAGCUAUUUAACAACUGUUUACCAAGACUGAAUCUGCUAGCACGUUUCUGUAUAUUUGAUGUAAGAAUAUACAGAUACACAUAAUUGCUACCUGCCCUGGAAUGAAAUUAAUUGAAUGUACUUUUGUAAAACAUGUAACAGUGGAGAUUUAAAGUAUGCUGCUUUAUAUUUCUCCAAACACAGAAUAAACACACACUGCGUAUAUACAGCGUUUUAGCAUUAUGGAAAUAAUGUGUAGUCAACAGCAAUCGUGUGAUUACUGACGCCAUUCACUAAACUUUUUACUCAUCAUUCAUUCCCAUGAAAUUCACUCUUUAUGAAGAAAAAAAAUUUCUGACCACGUUACUGUGAAGGAUUUUUGUCCACACAUGCCGAUACUGUCAUUUUCAAUGUUAAGACGAGGUCGAAAUGCUAUAAGCUAAAAUAUUUGUAGAAUAUGAUUGUUGAUACAACUUUUGUAGUUGAAAGUCUGAGGUAUGGUAGUUCACAAGUGUUUUACCACCAUGAUUAACUUCUUUUCUAUCAUAUUGUCCAAUGUAUCCAUUUUGCUUAACAUGCAAGUACUUGACUGUAGUGGCAAUUAAAACCCCUAAUAAACACUUUGCUGCUC